AUGUCCUCCGCCGCGUCGUCAUUGCCAUCAGCCUCCGCCAUCUUUCGCUACGCUGAGCACGCGGCCAACCUGCACUUUGGCGACGCCCUGCUCAAGCACGGCAAGCACACCGAGGCGGUGGGCGCAUUCGAGGCGGCGCUGGCGUUGCGGUCGCAGGGCUACCACGCCGCGUCGCACAACUUGGGCAGUGCGCUGCACGCGCUCGGCGACUUUGAGGGGGCGGAGCGCCACUUUCGCGCCGCCGCCGAGCUGCGGCCGGCGGCGCCCAAAGGCUGGAACGCGCUCGGCCUGGUGCGCAUGGCGAUCCCCGGUCGAAGAGCGGAGGCGAGGGCCGCGUUCGAGGAGGCGCUGCGACUCAUGCCGGCGUCGCAGGAGUACGCGGCCAAUCUCGCGAAUGCCGCUGAUGAGCCGAAAGCGGAAUUGCACGGCGACCUCGCCCUUCUGCCGGCCACGACUCCGCCACGCGCCAGCGCCCCCUCGCCAGAGUGCAAGGAGGAGGGCCUCACGCUGCUGCGGUCGAAGAAAACCGCGUCCGGCUUCAAGGGUGUCAGCAAGGUCAAGGCGCGAGGCCGCCGUGACAUCCGCAACGGCGCUUGGAACCUGAGGUCAACGGCCUUCCAACGCGGCGGCAAGUGCUCAGGCUUCGCAAUCGUCCACUGCGAGCCGCCGCAUCACGGCAGCUUCCAGCCCGACGUCUUCAUCGAGACACUCAAACGCGUCGCACGUGAGCGCAACAUGCCGCUCGCGGACGCGCGGCUCAUCGGCAAAGAGAUCGACGCGUGCGAGGCGGUGCGGCAGUACGAUCUCGAGCCCUUCCUCACGGGAGCGGUGAAAGAGCUGCAGGCGGAAGAGGAGCGCAACGCGCAGCGCGAGAGGCGGCCCAAGUGCAACAUCGACCUCAUCAUUGCGGAAUCGGCCCUAUCCAGUGCUCAAGUGCUCAACGGGCUCUUGUCCGUGCAAGCCUUCAGCUGGUGCCAAAACGUACCAAAACGUCCUCUCCGCGACCAAAUACGCGGUCGUCGGUAG